UCGAAGUUGUAGAGGUUAAAAUAACUCCGACUCCUAUUCCUAUUCCUGAUUCCUGCUGGGAAAGUAGUUAUCUUGUUAAACGAUCCCCCACAGAGAAAGAGAGACAGAGAGUUGGUUCCGACCGCGAGAAAAAGGGGCAAAUUAUAGGGUGGUGAUUAAUAGGCUGGAAAAUAUCUUUUACUGUUUGAUAGCAGUGGCAGUAGAAUCUCAAGAAGAAGAAUAUGAAGAGCCCCAGCCCCGCUGUCUUGACUGGCAGAGAUGCCCAUGGCGGAGGAUCGGAUUCCUUGGAAUCUUCAAGGAGAGAAUUGCUCUCUCCUCCAUUUGAACCCACCACCUCCACCCACCAUGACUCCUCCUCCUGGAAACUCAAUAUUGACGAGUUCCGAUUACCUCAACAACCUCAUCAUCAUCGCUCCUUCGGUUUCCCGCGCCUCUGCCCCCAAAGGAAAAAAGGCAAAAUUGCAGAGUAUUACAAGAAGCAGGAAAGGCUCCUCGAAGGGUUCAAUGAGAUGGAGACCAUUAAUGAAUCAGGCUGCUUGCACGGAAGUCUGACGGAGGAUGAACUAAAGCAGCUUGCUAGGAGUGAAAGGAUGGCAAUUCAUGUUUCGAAUAUAGCUAACAUGGUCCUUUUUAUAGCAAAAGUUUAUGCUUCUGUUGAGAGCAGAUCUUUGGCUGUAAUUGCAUCAACUCUGGAUUCCUUCCUGGAUCUUUUAUCUGGAUGCAUUCUCUGGUUCACUUCUAAUGCCAUGAAAAACCCAAACCACUACCACUAUCCAAUUGGGAAGAAAAGGAUGCAACCAGUGGGCAUUAUAGUCUUCGCAUCUGUCAUGGCAACUUUAGGACUGCAAGUAUUGCUGGAGUCUGUUAGGCAGCUGAUUUCCAAGUCAAGUCCUGAAGUUGAUCAUGAGAAGGAAAAGUGGAUGAUUGGAAUAAUGGUCUCUGUGACUCUGGUGAAGUUUCUGCUGAUGGUCUACUGCCGAAGAUUCGAAAAUGAAAUAGUUAGAGCCUAUGCUCAAGAUCAUUUUUUUGAUGUGAUCACCAACUCGGUGGGUUUAGUAACAGCUGUGUUAGCAAUACGAUUCUAUUGGUGGAUUGAUCCUACUGGCGCCAUAUUGAUAGCUGUGUACACAAUCAGCACUUGGUCAAGGACUGUGGUGGAGAACGUGUGGUCACUGAUCGGAAGAACGGCUCCGCCGGACUUUCUGGCAAAAAUAACGUAUCUGAUAUGGAACCACCACCAAGAGAUACAGCACAUCGACACCGUGAGAGCCUACGCUCUGGGAUCGCAUUACUUCGUGGAGGUUGACAUCGUGUUGCCUGAAGACAUGCUGUUGAGCCAAGCCCAUAACAUCGGGGAAACCUUGCAAGAAAAGCUGGAGCAACUCCCCCAAGUGGAGAGAGCCUUUGUUCACAUAGACUUCGAAUUCACUCAUACACCGGAACACAAGAACAAGGUCUAAAUCUCCUCACCAGUCACCAUCCAAACACACUUUUCUCUCUCUCUCUCUUUUUGAAAAUAAUAAUAAUAAUAAUAAAUAAAAGUUGAUGGAAUGCUUUUAUCUCUCUCUUUUUUUCCCUUUAUGAAUGGUCGUAUGGUUUGUAAUAAUCACAUUCUUAAGCAGGUUUGGGUAAGGUAUAAUUGGCGGAA